CUACUUAAAAUAUGUGUAUGUGAACAUCAUAUCAUUUAUAUAAUAUAAUGUGUUGUGUAAUAGUUAUUGAAAUGUUACAUAGUUGACUAAUGACUAUUGAGUUUAUAUACUCGAUAUAGGUACUAUCUCCUUAUGUAUUCUUAUUUCUUAAUCUAUCAAAUAAACUUAGAUAAUACCUAAUUUAAAACUUCAUUAGCCAUGAGUCAUACAGAACCAACAAAUGUAAAUGGAUUACCAUUUUAUGCAAGUGGUAUAGUUGUUAAAGGAUUUGGCCGAGGAUCAAAGGAUUUGGGUAUUCCUACUGCUAAUUUUAGUCGUGAUGUAAUCAAAGAUUUACCUGAAAACAUAAGCACUGGAGUAUAUUUUGGAUGGGCACAAGUUGACAAAUCACCAGUUUACAUGAUGGUUAUGAGUAUUGGUUGGAAUCCAUUUUAUCAAAAUGUUGAAAAGUCUAUGGAAAUCCAUAUACUUAAACAAUUUGAUGAAGAUUUUUAUGGAUCUAAUUUAAAAGUUAAGGUUAUUGGUUUUAUUCGACCAGAAUUAAAUUUCAACUCUGUUGAUGAACUAGUCAAUACUAUUCAUUCUGAUAUUGAACAUGCAAAACAAAAAUUAGAUGAAAAUGAUAAAACGGACGUAUACUUUGAUUUAUAAACUAAAACUAUAAAUUGUAAGGCAAUUUAAAUUUAUUAUUCCAUAUUGUAAUGAGUAUAAGUAUCAUAGGCGCGUGCAGGUAGGGCCAAGGCAGUGUGCUCUUGCUACCCCCCGAACAGUUUGAAUUCAUUUGUUAGGACCAAACAGAUCCAACUGUUCAAGCUGAGUCACCAUAUUAUACUGAAUAAAAAAUAAGUUAGUUAUCCAAAAAGUGUAUUGAAUUAUCAAGCUAAUCUUUUCUGUGUUUAAAUAAGUCUAUCUUUAAAACAUACUACAGUAUAUUAUUAUUAUUUCUAACAUUCAUUAAAGACUUAUAUGAUAUGAUUUAUAUACAUAUAUAUCUAAUGUAAUUGAUCAAAAACAAAAAUACUAAGGGUUUUCCUUGUCCCAUCAUAACGUUGCAGUAGCCAGUAGGUACAGUGUACACUAAUAUAAAUUUCAUUACCACCAUCCCCCAAGACCGCUUAUACGAAAAAAUAGGCUGGUAAAAUUGUUUGCUGCACUGACUUUCUCUCUGCGUACACCUAUGAUAAGUAUAUGACAUAAAAUAUAUUCCUUCGUGUAUUAUAAGGUUGUAUCAUCACAUUAUUUUGUUGAUAUGUAUAAUAAAUACAUAAUUAUUGUUAAA